AUGUCCUCAACAUCGUCAAGAACUUCAGCUAAUGACAGCACUUCUGCAUCAACAUAUCGUGUCAACUAUUCAGAAUAUGUAGCAGAUAUUACUAAUAGUCCAAAAACAUCACGCAAGUUAGCAACAACCGGUAUUGGACAUCAUAUCAAUCCAUUACAUAAUCAAUAUCCAAAUCGACCAAAUCAACCAACACAACCGCAACAACAACAUACAGGAGGAAUGCCACAAUACGGUGGUGCUGCUGAAAAAUGUGCUCGAUGUUUAAAAGCUGUCUAUUUAGCAGAAAAAAAAGUUGGAGCUGGCCGAUCAUAUCACUCCAGUUGUUUCAAUUGUUAUACAUGUAAACGAAAAUUAGAUGCAACAACAUUAUCUGAACAUAAAGGUGAAAUUUAUUGUAAACCAUGUUAUACAAAACAAUUUGGUGCUCAUGGUUUAAUCAGUGGUGUAACAAUGUCAACUGAACAUACAACAACACAUCAAACUUAUACUUCACGUCGUUCAUCAGUUGGUAAUGAUCUUGAUAGUACACCUGCUCCAACAUUCCAACAAACAAGACAACGUGCUAAUUCAAGUGAAAAUCUCUUUCGAGAUGAUUAUAAUCCAACAAAAAAUGAUCAAUUCUCACAAAAAUAUCCACGACCUAUCGAUGUCUCAUAUGAACAAACAUCAAAUAAGAAAAAUAAUGGAGUUGAUAUUCUUGUUGAUACAAAAUAUCAAAGACCAUCCAGUCCAACAGGAUUCGCAAAACCUGUUGAUACAAAAUAUCAAACACCAACUAGUCCAAUUGGAUUCGAAAAAGUUGUUGAUACAAAAUAUCAACGACCAUCAAGCCCAAUAGGUUUUGGAAGACCUGCUGAUACAAAUACCAAUAAUAAUCAGCAACGACCAAGUCAAAUUGAAGACGAUCGAAGAAAAUAUUCAUAUGAUGGUGAUAGAAUAUCUUAUGGUAGUGGAGCAUCAGCUAUGGUUGAUAUACCUAUUGUUGUACAAACUAAACGAUCAGAUACAACAAUUGAUCGAAUGGAAUUGCCAGUUAAUCCAAUAAGAGAUAAUGAACGUAGUCGAAGUCCAUCAAUAACAUCCAAUGAUUCUUAUCAACGACAAAGUAAUCUUUCAGAUGACUAUUCUCGUUUACAUAUCAAUGAAGAUAAAAAUAAUCAAAAAUAUUCCAAUGAUAAUUCAAUGAAUACAAUUCCAUCGAAAAAUCCACUUUCAACACAAAAUUAUUAUCAUUCAUCAUCAACAUCAUCAUAUGAAAGUAAAUAUAGAGGUUCAACAUCAAAUACAAAUAAUUAUGAACGUGAACAAUUUCGUUCACGAGAAUCAUCACCAUCAGCAGUUGCUCCUAAUCGAUAUCAAUCAUCUUCACCAACAACUGGUUAUAGUUCAUCAUCAACAACAAUACGUACUUAUCCAGUAGAAACAACACCUUAUAAACCACAACAUGAGUAUUUUAAUACUCAAAUCUCAACAGACUUGGAUGAACGACGUCCAUCAUCAACAUCAUCGCAAAAUACUUCUCGCGUAUCAACAGGUUUAACUGAUUUCGUAGCAAAAACAAAUAUUGCAGGACAUUCAACUGGCAAUAACUUUUCAGCAUUAGGUGCCUUAAUUACUAAACCUCGACACCAAAGCGAUGAUGAUUUUGAUAAUUAA